GGAUAGGCGGGCGGUGGCGGCGGUGACUACUGCCUCUGCUGAGAAUACUGAUGCUGGUCUGGGGCUCGGGCUGACAAAGACAACCCACAGUCCGGCCUCCUCCACUCACCUUAGGCCAGGGUCUCCCACCACAGGGCCGGACUAGUGCCCCAGGCCUUUAUUUUGGGACCUUAAAGGUCUUGUAAGAGUAAUUAUUGUUAUUCCCACCACCACCCCCCCGUCCUCAAAUAUGAGGAAGCGAAAUCUCAGAGAACCUUACUAUAUUACCUGGGUGAUACAAUUGAUGAGUACCAGAUCCAAGUAUUCUCCUUUAUGGUAAAGUACAUCCCCAAACCUCUUGCCUUUUUUUUUUUUUUAAAGUACACUGUAAUUGGCCCUGGCUGCUGUUGCUCAGUGGAUGGCCCACAGGCCUCUGAAGCAAAGGGUCCCUGGUUCGAUCCCAGUCAGGGCACAUGCCUGGGUUGCAGGCCAGGUCCCCAGUAGGGAACACAUGAGAGGCAACCACACACUGAUGUUUCUUUCCCACUCUUUCUCCCUCCCUUCCCCUCUCUCUAAAAAAUAAAGAAAAUAUAUUUUUUUAAAAAGUACACUGUAAUUGGCUCUUGCUGAGGGCAGGGUUAGUGUGGAAGUAAAUCAGGAGGUAUUGUAAGUCGGUUUGUGAAUUUCUGUACGAUUGGAUUUUUGGAAAAAUUACUUACUUGAGUUCCCUGGAGCUCAGUUUGAUUUUUUUUCUCCCCAUCUUUAAAUCAGGAGACUGGUACUUUAACUGCUUGUUCUGUAGCUCCCGUUCAGAACUGUGAUGAAACACCAUGCCCCAAGGCUGCUGCUUUCCUCCAUCUGUUGCUCCUUCCAAUCCCUGCAGGCUAUUGAAUCUCUACACCAGGGGUGUCCAACUCAUGGCCUCGGAUGGCUAUGAAUGUGGCCCAACACAGAAUCGUAAAUAUGGGCCAAUCAGAGUCCUUACCCAGAAUUUUUUGAACUGAAACUAAGAAAGAAAAUCCCUCUUCAGUGUGGAAGCCAUAAAAUGUAAAACACAGGAGCUGUCAGCAGCCACGCAUCCUGCCAUGUGGAACUGAUCUGCAAUGAAAAAGAAUGAAGCUGACAUGCAGAAAGCAGCAGAGGUUUCAGAACCAUGUGUGCUCAGUACUGCAUCUCCUUUGCUGAUGUUGAAAAAGCUCAUAUCAACAUUCGAGAUUUUAUCCACCUUACACCAGUGCUAACUAGCUCCAUUUUGAAUCAAGUAACAGGGCGCAAUCUUUUCUUCAAAUGUGAACUCUUCCAGAAAACUGGAUCUUUUAAGAUUCGUGGUGCCCUCAAUGCAAUCAGAGGUUUGAUUCCUGCCACUUCAGAAAAGCCCAAAGCUGUUGUUACUCACAGCAGUGGAAAUCAUGGUCAGGCUCUUGCCUAUGCUGCCAAAUUGGAAGGAAUUCCUGCUUAUAUUGUGGUGCCUCAGACAGCUCCCAACUGUAAAAAACUGGGAAUACAAGCCUAUGGAGCCUCCAUAGUGUUCAGUGAACAGAGUGAUGAGGCCAGAGAAAAAGUUACAAAACAAAUUAUGGAAGAAACAGAAGGCAUCAUGGUACAUCCCAACCAGGAGCCUGCAGUGAUAGCUGGGCAGGGGACGAUUGCUAUGGAAGUGCUGAACCAGGUUCCCUUGGUAGAUGCACUGGUGGUACCUGUAGGAGGAGGAGGAAUGGUUGCUGGAAUUGCAAUUACAGUUAAGGCUCUGAGACCUAGUGUGAAGGUAUAUGCUGCUGAACCCUUGAAUGCAGAUGACUGCUACCAAUCCAAACUGAAAGGGGAACUGACCCCCAACCCCUAUCCUCCAGAAACCAUAGCAGAUGGUGUCAAAUCCAGCAUUGGCUUAAAUACCUGGCCUAUUAUAAGGGACCUCGUGGACGAAGUCUUCACUGUCAGAGAGGAUGAAAUCAAGUAUGCAACCCAACUGGUGUGGGAGAGGAUGAAAUUGCUUAUUGAACCUACAGCUGGUGUUGGAGUGGCUGCUGUUCUGUCUCAGCAUUUUCAAACGAUUUCCCCAGAAGUAAGGAACAUUUGUGUUGUGCUCAGUGGUGGAAAUGUAGACUUAACCUCCGUAACCUGGAUGAAGCAGGCUGAAAGGCCAACUCCUUAUCAAUCUGUUUUUGUUUAGUUUAUUCAUAAGGAAGAAAUGGGGUUCAGUGUCUCCAGACACUUGUUAAUUUUGUUUCCUAGUCACAAUUAACUUCCCAUCUUAGAGAGCUUUCAAAAUCCUAAUGGAGAGUGUGUAUUUCAGUAAGAUUUAAUAGUUUUUUUGGAUGAAGUAGCAAUCAAAAAACAUCCAUACUUAUCUGAGACACCUUAUCAAGGCAAAGAAAAACCUUUUGCAAAAAGGGACAGCAGACUUCUAGGCUAAAGUAGACACAAACUUUGCCCAAUUACAACCUGUAGGUUCCCUCCCUAGGUUGCUAACUAGUAACAAUGAGACAGAAUCCCACCGAAUCCAUUACUCCAUGUCCACUUCUGGCACUUUUGAAGAAAUCUCACUUUUCACCCAAGGUACUGGUUCUGGUACAUAUGGAUCAUAAGUCCAUUUGGGAAAAACUCGUUUAUAGAGGUUCAUCAGUACUGUGUCCUGAGAUUUUAGCUUCCCAUCAAAACUGCACUUCAUAUGGCCAUGAGUACCUAGAAAGAAAACACAGCAAACCAGUCAAAUUAAAAUAAAAAAUUUUACUGAUGGUCUUCUA